CUCCCCCCCCCUCCAGGAGCGGACCCCGAGGACGUCAUCAUGGGCGCCUUCAAGGUGCUGGACCCGGACGGGAAAGGCUCCAUCAAGAAGAGCUUCCUGGAGGAGCUGCUGACGACGCAAUGCGACCGCUUCACCCCCGAGGAGAUCAAGAACAUGUGGGCCGCCUUCCCCCCGGACGUGGCCGGCAACGUGGACUACAAGAACAUUUGUUACGUCAUCACCCACGGCGAGGACAAGGAAGGGGAAUAAAAACAAUUCCCAGAAAAUCCUGGAAUUCCCAGAAAAAUCCCGGAAUUCCCAGAAAAAUCCCGGAAUUCCCAAAAAAAUCCCGGAAUUCCGGAGCCUCGGGAAAUAAAGAAAGAAAUUUUCCA